AUGACGAAAACAAGUCAAACAGGCGCAUUAGCUUCUAAAAUAGAGUACAAAAAAUUAACAACAACUGCGGCUAAUGCGACUCGUAUUUCUGCGCUGUGUGAUUUGACCAUUUCAUCGAAUUUCGUUGAUCAAAUCGUUACUGUGAAUGGAUGGGUGCAGUCAGCUCGCAAACAAGGACAAGGGCUUGUUUUUGUUAACUUAAACGACGGAACAACUCCAAAAAAUUUGCAAAUAGUGAUAGAUACUAGCGACUUGAGCGAGGAACUAGCGAAAGACGUGAAGAAAUUGACGUUUUCUUCCUCUAUAUCCGUCACAGGACUUGUUAAAAAGCAUAUGAGAUAUGAAGGAUUGGUCGAAAUGUUUGUAAACGGAGAUUCAAAGUACCGAAUCAUUAUUUACAACAUCAUAUCAUCAUCUUGUUAUCCGUUGCAGAAGAACGUUAUUUCUGAUGAAAAACUUCGUUCUUUUCAACACUUACGUCCUAGAGUCAAGAAGUUUCAGUCGGUCAUGCGUAUUAGAGACAGACUUUCUCACGCCACACACCAGUUUUUUUCACAACGAGGUUUUUACUACAUCCACACUCCUUUGAUCACUGGAGCAGACUGCGAAGGAGCUGGAGAAAUGUUUCAAGUGACCACUUUGUUGCCCGAAUCUGGAGAAAUCUCUAAAAUCCCGCAAACAAAGGACCAGAAAAUCGACUAUUCCAAAGAUUUUUUUUCGAAACCUGUGUCUCUCACAGUGUCUGGUCAGAUAGCACUUGAAAAUUUUUGCUUAUCCAUGGGAGACGUUUACACGUUCGGUCCUACGUUUAGAGCUGAAAUUUCGCAUACUUCACGCCACUUAGCCGAGUUUUGGAUGAUUGAACCUGAAAUGGCUUUCGUAGAGCUAGAUGGACUUAUAGAAGUAGCCAGUGCUUAUCUCAAGUUCUGUGUUAACGAAGUCAUUCAACACUGCCACGACGACAUUCAACUACUUGAAGAAAACGGCUCUGAAAAUCUAGCUGCGUUCCUUAACCAAACCGCUCAAGAAGACUUCGUGCGUCUGUCUUACACUGAGGCUAUCCAAAUCUUGAAAGCCAUUGAAAACCCUAAUUUCAAGGUUUCGCCUGAGUGGGGUGAUGACCUUGGAAGCGAACACGAGCGUUACCUGACAGAAGUACAUUUCAAAAAACCAGUGAUUGUCUAUAACUAUCCAUACAAGCUCAAGGCUUUCUACAUGAAACUUAACCAGGGUGAACAAAAAGGUAAAGAAACUGUCCGAGCAAUGGACAUUUUAGUUCCGGGUAUCGGUGAAAUUAUAGGAGGAUCACAGCGUGAAGAAACUAUCGAACAGCUGACCAAGCAGUGCAACGACAAAAAUCUGCCCAUCGAACCUUUACAGUGGUAUUUCGAUUUGCGAAGAUACGGCUCAAUCCCUCAUUCAGGUUUUGGGCUCGGUUUCGAACGGCUGAUUAUGCUGUGCACAGGUAUUCGAAACAUCCGCGACGUCAUUCCUUUUCCCAGGUAUGUUGGACAUGCUGAACACUAA